GGGGCUGCAGCCAGUUCGGUUUGGCUUGCUGGAAGACAGGGAGGGAUGAGCAGGGGUCUCCAAGUGCAACAGGCAGGUGGUGGGGCCUAUGGCAAGGAGGACAUGGAGGAGGAGCGGGGCGUUCUGCAGGCGUGGAAGGAGCGUGUGGGGCAAGAGCUGGACCGCGUGGUGGCCUUCUGGAUGCAGCACUCGCAUGACCGCGAGUACGGGGGCUUCUUCACAUGCCUUGGGCGUGAUGGGCAGGUGUACGAUGACCUCAAGUACGUGUGGCUGCAGGGCAGACAGGUGUGGAUGUAUUGUCACCUAUACCGCAAGUUCGAGCGCUUCCGCUGCUCCUCACUUCUGGACUCUGCCAAAGCAGGUGGUGAGUUUCUGCUGCAUUAUGCUCGGGUGGCGCCUCCUGCCAAGAAGUGUGCCUUUGUGCUCACUCGAGAUGGCCGCCCGGUCAAGGUGCAGCGGACCAUCUUCAGCGAGUGUUUCUACACUAUGGCCAUGAACGAGCUCUGGAGGGUGACAGGCGAAGCACGCUACCAGAGUGAGGCUGUGCAGAUGAUGGAUCAGAUUGUCCACUGGGUGCGGGAGGACCCAUCCGGGCCGGGCCGGCCCCAGCUCCCAGGGACGCCAGCGGCGGAGUCCAUGGCAGUGCCCAUGAUGGUGCUCAGCCUGGUGGAGCAGCUCGGGGAGGCGGAUGAGGAGAUGGCAGGGAGAUAUGCAGAGGUGGGGGACUGGUGCGCCCACAGGAUCCUGCAGCACGUCCAGAGGGAUGGGCAGGCUGUGCUGGAGCACGUGUCGGAGGAUGGCAAGGAACUUCAGGGUUGCCUGGGCAGACACCAGAACCCAGGCCACGCACUGGAGGCAGGCUGGUUUCUGCUGUGUCAUGCUGCCAGGAAAGGGGACCCCAACCUUCGAGCCUAUGUGAUCGACAAGUUCCUUUUGCUGCCCUUCCACUCCGGGUGGGACCCCGAACAUGGAGGACUCUUCUAUUUCCAGGAUGCUGACCACCUGUGCCCCACGCAGCUGGAGUGGUCCAUGAAGCUCUGGUGGCCACACAGUGAAGCUAUGAUUGCCUUCCUUAUGGGCUACAGGGACAGCGGUGACCCUGCCUUGCUGCGCAUCUUUUGCCAGGUGGCAGAGUACACCUUCCGCCAGUUUCGUGAUCCCCAGUACGGAGAAUGGUUUGGCUACCUGAACCAAGAGGGAAAGGUAGCUCUUACUAUCAAGGGCGGGCCUUUCAAAGGCUGCUUCCAUGUGCCGCGGUGCCUAGCCCUGUGCGAGGAGAUGCUGGAGGCCCUGCUGAGCCGCACCGCAGCCGAUGCCCUCCCCACGCCCGCGGUCCCUGGCCGCCAAGGAGCGCAAUAAAACUGAGCCUGCCCCA